UGCGUCGUCGCAACCGACUGCAGCGACACCGGUGACGAUUAAUCGAAACGCCAGUUUUUGUUGGGAUGUGAAGUGAGGCCGAUCGUGCUGGGCCAAGAUGUUCUCUGGUUCGAAGCGCGAAGGCUUGGCUCAAAUGGAGGGGUACAUUCCGGACAGGGUGAAAAACGCCGAGAAGCGUCUCGAACAAAAUGUCUACGACGUGGAAGCCUGGAGCAUUCUGCUUAGGGACGCACAGAACAAGAAAGUCGAGGAGGCUCGGCCGCUCUACGAGAAGAUAGUGACGCAGUUCCCGAACGCCGGCCGCUACUGGAAGAUUUACAUUGAACACGAGAUGAAGUCAAGAAACUUCGAGAGAGUUGAAAAGCUGUUCCAGCGUUGUCUCAUGAAGGUGCUCAACAUUGACUUGUGGAGAUGCUACCUCACAUACGUCAAGGAGACCAAGGGAUCGUUGCCAACGUACAGGGAGAAGAUGGCGCAGGCAUACGACUUUGCGCUCGACAAGAUGGGCAUGGACAUUCUCUCGUACCCCGUCUGGAGUGACUACAUCAACUUCCUCAAGAGCGUGGAGGCGGUGGGGUCGUACGCAGAGAAUCAGCGCAUAACAGCCGUACGCAAGGUCUACCAGCGAGGCAUCAUCAAUCCCAUGAUGAACAUCGAGCAACUCUGGAAAGAGUACAUCAAUUAUGAACAGGGCAUAAACAUGCUGAUUGCAGAGAAGAUGAUCUCUGACCGUAGCCGAGAGUACAUGAAUGCACGGCGUGUUGCCAAGGAGUACGAAGCAGUCACCCGGGGGCUUAACAAGAACUCACCAUCUGUCCCACCACAGGGGACACCUGAAGAAGCAAAGCAGGUGGAGCUGUGGAAAAAAUACAUUGCUUGGGAGAAAAGCAAUCCCCUCAGGACAGAUGACCACGCCCUCAUCACGAAGCGAGUGAUGUUUGCGUACGAGCAGUGCCUGCUGUGCCUGGGCCACCACCCGGACGUCUGGUACGAGGCGGCCCUGUUCCUCGAACAGUCCAGCAAGCUGCUCACCGACAAAGGGGACCUGAACGCCGGCAAGCUCUUCUCGGAUGAGGCUGCUGCCAUCUACGAGCGCGCGACCACCACUCUGCUGCGGAAGAACACUCUCCUCUACUUCGCCUACGCAGACUUUGAAGAGAGUCGUAUGAAGCACGACAAGGUUCACCAAGUAUACAACAAGUUCAUUGAAAUUCCAGACAUCGACCCAACACUGGCAUACGUCCAGUACAUGAAGUUUGCACGGAGGGCCGAGGGCAUCAAGACGGCGCGAGUGGUGUUCAAGAAGGCGCGGGAGGACGCUCGGAGCGGCCACCAGGUGUACGUUGCAGCUGCACUCAUGGAGUAUUACUGCAGCAAGGAGAAGACCGUGGCCUUCAAGAUCUUUGAGCUGGGCCUCAAAAAGUAUGGAGACAACUCGGACUACAUCAUGGCCUACGUCGACUACCUCUCACACCUCAACGAGGACAACAACACGAGGGUGCUGUUCGAAAGGGUGCUCACGUCGGGUUCCCUACCACCAGAGAAGUCGGUGGAGAUUUGGAAUCGGUUCCUGGAAUUCGAGUCCAACAUCGGCGACCUCUCCAGCAUUCUCAAGGUUGAAAAGCGGAGGGCUGCUGCUAUUGAAAAACUCAAGGAGUUUGAGGGCAAGGAGACUGCGCUGCUAGUGGACCGGUACCGGUUCAUGGACCUCUACCCCUGCAGCCCACAGGAACUGAAGUCUCUAGGAUACAGGGAGGUGACGCGGCUGCCCGUGGUGGUGUCGUCUGCGCCAGCGUCAAAGCGGGAGGUGCGCGAGGAGGCUGCGACAGACAAGCAGAACCCCGUGUACCCUCGCCCUGACACGGGACAGAUGAUCCCCUUCAAGCCCAAGCAGAUCUGCCCAACUGGGGCACACCUUGUUCCUGGUGGCGUGUUUCCUCCUCCACCGGCAGCUUCGGAACUGAUGAUGAGGCUACCACCACCCCAUUGCUUCAUGGGUCCCUUUGCAGCGGUUGAUGAACUGAUGGAGGUCUUCAGGACCAUGAACCUGCCCGAUAAACCCCCCCGUCCGAGCGAGAACGGCGUCUCGAAAGACCACUUGAAGCUCUUCGAGCACAACCAAGCGGGUGGCCCACAGACGGGCAAUCCUGGCGGCGGCGGAGGCGGCGUCAAGCGCAAGCACCGCGACGGUGCCGCCGCUGGUGGAGGCGGCGGCACCAACGCGGGCGGUGCUGGCGCCGAAGAGAGCGAAGAAGAAGAUGGUGGCCUCGCGCCACCCGCGCACGACAUCUACCGAUCGCGGCAACAGAAAAAGGUGCGCUGAGGCGGUGAGAGGGCCUGCAUGCACGUCUGCUUUGUCAUGGUGGCAGCUCAUGUUUUAGAGUGCGGGGUCGAAAAGUUGUCAGACGGUGUUGAGAGAAAGCAGUGACAGAGUGCUCGUACAAGAACUUUUGUGUCGUUUGGGCGACUACAGACGGACGUCAAGAGACUGACUGCACGGACCCUUCUUCUUCCAUCACAUUCUUUUGCCUCGUGUUUUUUUUUUUUUUUUUUUGCCCCCUCCACUUGGAGGCACCUGUGACACGACUCUCAUGGUUUGUUUGACACUGUGAACUAUUUGUUUGUUCAUGUGACUCAUGGUGUGCAGGUCAUGCAUUUGUGUACAGUAAAAUCUUUGUGAGAGCAACUGAGGAAGAAAAAAAAGAAAGCGCCUUGAGAGAAAGAUGAGGCCUUUAACGUGACAGCUGCUUCAGUUUUCAUCACUUAGUCGAGGAAGCAAAACUACAGGACACCUGGCCUUCCAGCGUAUGCUGCAACUUGCGGGGCCAGGUGUUCUCACGUGGCUUAUUGUUAGUCCCCUGUGCCUCGUUUGAUGUGUUCACCUCUCAAGACUAGUUAAAAUGCAUAUGUCAAUGCAGAUGUGCUGAAUGGUUUUGUGUAAGACUACAAAAUUUUCAUGUUCAGGUGAGAACUGAACAUUGCUUCAUUCCUUCCUCAAGUGCAGCUUACGCAAAUAUUAGAGGCAGGCCGAUGACAUUUGUUGUCUGGGGCAUGUCUGUGCCUGAAAAUAUAAAUACAAAAAGUGAGGAAACGUUUCGUGCAGUUAAAAUGUGUGGUGUAUUUUCAAAAAAGAUAAGAGACAAUAUUUAUGUAUGCAGGCUUAAAUACUGAGAGGCUCUAUGUAUAUAAAGGUUCGCCUAUCAGCACAUUAUGGCUGGAGAAACAAAAUAAUAAUAAAAAAAGUUGUUGCGUUAAAGGCUCCACCUUUCCACACACAUCCAUUGAGAAAGUUUGACUGCGCUCAUUCCAUUUGAGCUUUGUAGAUGAUGCAUGUUCAUUAUUGUAAAUACAAAUUCUGUAAGCCUUUUAAGUGACUCUUGGCAGGCUGUGUGUAAUGCUGCAAGUGCCCCUAUUGCUGGCGAAUAAAACCUAGUUUUAAGAGCGGCUGUCCAUCCAUCUGGUGAGUGUGUCAUCUGAAGAAUGCUUGUUGUUGCUGUGGUGACACUUUCAUGUGUACAAUCAUUGUGUACUGAGUUGGGUGAUUGUGCUUCCUACGUUUUGUUCAAAUAAAGACACAUUCUGAUAAUGUCA